AUGGGUAGCAUCUCAUUCCGCGAGCACAUUCGCUGGAUCCCCGACGAGGCGAGCGAGCCAACGUCGACCAUAGUGCUCACAUCCCCGCAGCGCCGCUUCGUCGACCUCCGCAUCCUCAAGUCGGCGCCGACGGCGGACGCUGCGCAAAGUGAGUUCCCCUCGACCACUAGUCCGCCGCUCCUUCACGUGCCAUGUCAUUCAUUCACCCUCCCCGCUUCCAGAGGACAGACAAUGCAUGAUUUGAGUCGAACCCCCGCGAAACUGACACCCCGUCGAACAGCGACGCACGCCGCCGGGCGCCUGGAAUGGGGCAUCGCGGGGACCUCGUCAUCAACCCUGCGCGACGACGGCGCCGGCGGACAGGUGCGACACUCGCGCUGGGAGCACUGGAUUGACUCGCGCACCACGGAUCCCGAGAACGCCGCCGACGAGGGAGACAUGUACGAGCAGGCCGACGGGCUGACGCUCGAGAAGGGCAGGAUGGUGAACCCAGCCACUGGGGAGGAGACGGACUACGAGGAGCUCUGGCGGGACGUCGAGCCCGCCGCUGUCGUCGGCGGUGGGGGGAAGGCGGUCGAGUGCAUCGUCCUCCGGUUCGAGGACGAGCAGGCCGGGGCGAGGGGGUCGGUCGUCUGGCUCGGGCGGUUCUGCCAGGGCAUCUCGCGGGUCGGGGAGGACGUCACGGCCGAGAGGUGGGAGUGGAGGGAUGACGGGGGGUGGAGGAGGACGAUGAGAAUCGGGGAGAGAGGUCUGCCGUGCGAAGCUCUUCUGAAGACGGGCGCGCUGCUGACCGUGGGCGCCCACGUCGUGCACGAGGAUCUGGUGUGGGAUGUGCUUGAGAGCUGCUGA